AAGAUUCCGUACCAUGAACGGCGUCCAUCUUCCAAACUCCAAGUAAUCAAGUAGUCGACCGCCGCCCCGAUGCCCGCGAGAUCUCGUUGAUGUGCUAUCUCAUGGCCUGCGUUCGCCUCCCGUCGGCGGCCGCAGCCAGUCCUCUGGCCUCCUUCCGCGUCUCUACUCUCCCGCCGCGGUUCGCUCGACCCGGAAUCAGGCUCACGAAACCCCUGAGGCGAUUCGCUUCGCUCGCGGCUUCGACCGCCCGAGCAUUCGACUGGGACGACGUCGUUCGGGUCGCCGAGGAGGUUCGCGAAGACGAGGAUCCUUCUGAUCUCCGUGGGUACUUUGAGAAAGUUCGACUCUGUAACCGUGGAUCGGAUUUGCAAUCGGAGUUUGUACCUUUUCUGGUCGUGGAUCAAAUUGUGGGAUACGUUCAUAAUCGGUUUGUGGACCACCUAAGACAAUUUGAGGAGGUUUUUAAAGUAAAUUUUGGCAAGAAUGAAGCCUAUACUGGAGGCAAUGUUCAACUGCACUAUUCACUUGUGACACCUGAGGAGAGAACAAGGGCAGUUGGAAAUGCAAUCAAAUGCUUGGGAGGGCUGAUUCCAGGUAUUCGGAAUGAGUUAUAUCCAGUUAAGCCAUCAUUCGAGGAGCCUGUAUUCUUCUCUCUAGAACGUGCUGCUGCACCUUAUUUUGGCAUAAAGGCAUAUGGUGUUCAUAUGAAUGGUUAUGUGGAGAUUAAUGGGGAAAAUUUUCUAUGGAUUGGGAAGAGAAGCAUUUCAAAGCAAACAUUUCCUGGAAUGCUUGAUCAUCUUGUUGCUGGAGGCCUGCCACAUGGUAUGAGCUGCAAAGAGAAUCUCCAGAAGGAAUGUGAAGAGGAGGCUGGAAUUCCAAGAUCUUUGUCCAAUGUUGCCACAUCAGUUGGUGCUGUAUCUUACAUGGAUAUGGAUGGAUAUAGUUUCAAAAGAGACGUUCUCUUCUGUUACGAUUUAAAACUCCCUGUUGAUUUUAUCCCCAAAAAUGAAGAUGGAGAGGUGGAUAGCUUCAGACUAGUUCCAGUUACUCAGGUUGCAAAUGUAAUUCGGAGAACCAAGUUCUUCAAACCAAAUUGUGCUCUCGUCAUUAUUGAUUUUCUAUGCCGCCAUGGAUACAUAACUCCUGAUGAACAGGGUUACUUAAAGCUGCUCCAGAGCCUACGCAGUGGCGAUUGCUCCUAAGAAUUUGCUAUUGUUUAGAGCUUCAUGAGGUGAUUGAAUACUUCAACAAAGGAUUGAAAACAACUAUAUCACAAAGUGCUGAGAACUCUACGUUUAGCAGCAGAGAUUAGUGAUUAUUGAUUCAUUCAAGUGCCCGAUUCUCCAUGUUUUGUUCAGUUAUUGCUCCAUUUUUUUGAGAUUUUAAAUCUGUCAUAUCAGAGGCAGAUUAUCACCUUUUUCCAAACAAAUUAUUUAGCAUUAUAUUUCUAAUUAAAAAUCUUUAUUCAGAGAAUAUAU